UCCUUGUCAGUAAUUCAGUUUUACGGGCAAGGCGCAUGCGCGCGUUCGUCUCUUGUUUUCAACUGUGUCUCAUACAAUUGUUUUUAUAUGGCAGUGGCUCCAUGGCUAUGUGAAAAAUACACCUCGGAUCGCAGCAAUGGAUGCCAAGGACGAAUUUCCAGAAACGGCAGGGUAUUAAAGUCAUCUCUAGACUUCAUCAAAACGCAGUUAUGCACGCUGGCAAUUUCGCUAACGCUGUUCAACUUCGUGCGUCUUCCGCGCGAAGCAUUCAGACAUGGAACGCUUCCGUACCUGGUGGCGUACUCGGUGUGGCUCGUGCUGGUUGCGCUGCCGGCCAGCCUGCUGCAGCUGGCGGUGGGGCAGCUCAGCCAACAGGACGCGGUCGGAGUGUGGAGAGCAGUUCCUAUACUGAGAGGUGUGGGACACUUGAAAGUAAUAACGUCAUACAUUUGCAGUGUAUACACCAUGAUGUAUGUAGCUUUAUCGGCAGCAUAUCUGAUCUGGAUAGGGAAAGGCUCGUUCCCUUUGAAGGAUUGUACAAAGCUACAAAUAACGCCACACGGCUAUGAAAACAAAAUGAAUGCGUCCGAAUGUUUCAAUUCAACAUUUUUGGCGCCAUUUACAAUGUACCCGCAGUACUUCGGGAUAAUGGCCAUAAUUAUAUUUAUUUUAUGGUUCUUCGUGCCCAUUUUAUUAUAUCGUCUUCGAAAAUCACUGAAGGUGUCACUCAGUAUCUUGGGACCCAUCACAAUGAUAAGUGCUAUAGUGAUUUGUACAUUUCUGUCGAACGGUGAUGUACUUUUUUCUAUGCUCGAAGAUUGCGAGCAAUGGAACGUGCUAUAUGAGCCUUUUAUUUGGCAAAGUGCAAUGGUACAAUCCUUGUUAUCGACGCAAGUUGCUGGAGGAUACUUGAUAAGUGCUGGUGGGACGGUGUACAGACAUUCUGAUGUCCGGUGGACGUCAAUUAUGAUAAUCAUAGUUAAUUUAAUAACAGGAUGGCUUUGGGUAUUUUUGUGGGAGUCCAUUGGUGGAGAAGGCACAAGAGAUACUAGUUUUGUAUCAAUUUUAGUAUUAAUAUACCAGUCUUCAGUGGCAGAAAAACGGAGUAAGGAGUGGCCGAUAUUGGCAUUUGGGAUUGUGGUAUUGUCUGGCAUAAUCACUGUGUUGCUGCUCCUCUUUACGGUAUUUAGCAAGUUCAGUCGCACGUUCAACGAUCACUGGCGACUAGUUGCAACUGCAUCGUCAGCUGUAGGGACCACUUUAACCAUUGCAGUACUGCUAAAAGGUCUCAAAGUGGUGACGGUCCUAGAUGAACUGGUGGUACCGGUACUGGCAGCAUUUACUACUGCCGUGGAAAUUGUAGGAUUUGUGUUCAUUUAUGGCUGGCAUUACCUAAGAUUGGAUAUAGAAUUCUUGACUGGCACGAAACUACCUUUGAUAUGGAUAGCGGCGUGGGCGUUGGCACCAAUCCUCCUCGUCGGCGUCUCGGGGUGGUGGCUGCGAGUCCUACUGCAUACCACUUGGAAUCAAAACUUAUCGCUGUGGCCAAUGAGUGGUGUUUUCAUUGGCAUACUGGUAGUCCUCGUCAUCAUGGCGGCCAUAGCUGUGGCUCAAGAGGAACAAUUUAAUUUAAUUUCGAAAUUUGCAUCUUCCUUCAGAUCAUCUAGACUUUGGGGACCAGAAGAACUCAUGGCUCGAUACGUAUGGAUGUCUCAACGAAUCACAACCGAACACUAUUCUGAAACGAACUUUCCCCAAACCGUACAGAAAACGAACGGAAUGUUCACGGAAGACUGGAUCACACCAAUACCUUCUUACAUAAUAGCCCCUAAUCUUAAAAAUGGAUAUUUAGACAAAGAAGAAGCAGUUGCUGAAGAUAACGGAGUAAUUUAUGCAAAUCACUCAAUAUCAAAAUCCAAAUGGAUAAAAAAAUCAGAAGAAAAAUUCAGAUCUCCCAAUAUUUGUAUAGCUAAAACUGAACUAGGUGGUUCUUUAGCUUGUAAUUGCAAUAGACAUUUUACUCUUAACGUGCCGGAUUUAAGAAAAACAGAAGUAACAACAUCACUAUAGAAAAAAUAUCCGAAAAUUUUAGUUCAAAUCGUACAACGAAGGUAUUACCUAGUCGUUAUUUGUGGUUUUAUAUUUUUAAGUCGACGUAAUAAAAAAACUACUAUUAAGAGGUCAAGCGUAAAUAAAAUGUAUUACCUGUAU